UAUUUGGUUUCCCCGGUGAGUUUUUGUGGCUCCGUCACGUGAACGCAUCGGGGCAACAUGUCCAAACAUUUGUGUGUCCUCCCUGUGCAGGUCAACGGUCUGCAGAGGUGUGACACCGGCGAGGCGUGGCUCCCCAGCGGAGUCUGAUUGGUGGUGGAGCUACGUGGGGUCGAAGCUGGUACCCUGGAGAGCGGUGCCCACAGCUCACUGCAGCCGAGUCCCGCAGACGCGCAAUGCCUCGUUUUACUGUCCACAUCCGAGAUGAGUGGUUGGCAGUGCCCUGCCGGGACACCUCCAACACGAUCCAGUGGCUCGGACAAGAAGCGCUCAAACGCUACGUGAAGAACAAACCAGACAACGGCGGCAUCAAGGCUGUGAAGGACACGCGCUUUGUUGUGCGCAGGUGCCAGGGUUUGGGUUUGUUGGACGCGGAGGACGCCAUCGAGGAUGUACUGGAGGAUAAUGACUUUGUUGAACUUGCUAUUGAAGGAGAUACCAUGUCUCCUGACUUUAUCCCCUGUGAGCCUGGAGUUUCUCAUCUUACAGCAGCAUACAAAGAACCGAGAGACUUUAUUUCUUUGGAUGGCAACAGCCUGUCAUCGACAGAUCUGGUUAACUUGGGCAGAGGACUCUACAAGAUAAAGCUGACUCCUGAGGCAGAACGGAAAGUUGUGCAAUCCAGAGAGCUUUUGGACACCAUUGUAAAAGAAAACAAAGUUGUCUAUGGAAUCACAACAGGUUUUGGAAAAUUUGCCCGAACUGUCAUUCCUGUCAGCAAGCUCAAGGAGCUCCAGGAGAACUUGGUACGAUCACACUCAGCGGGUGUGGGAAACCCGCUGAGUCCUGAGAGGACCCGCAUGCUGCUCGCUCUGAGGAUCAACGUCCUGGCCAAAGGGCACAGUGGAAUUUCUCUGGAAACCCUUCAUGCCAUGAUUCAGGCCUUCAAUGCUUCCUGCCUCUCUUUUGUCCCAGAGAAGGGAACAGUGGGUGCUAGUGGGGACCUGGCACCCCUGUCUCACCUGGCCUUGGGGCUGAUGGGAGAGGGUAAAAUGUGGUCUCCCAAGAGCGGAUGGGCAGAUGCCAAAUAUGUUCUAGAGGCCCAUGGACUAAAGCCAAUAACACUAAAGCCUAAAGAGGGCCUUGCUUUGAUCAACGGCACGCAGAUGAUAACCUCUCUCGGGGCAGAGGCCGUGGAGCGAGCCCAAGCGAUCGCCCGACAGGCAGAUAUCAUAGCUGCUCUCACCCUGGAGGUGCUGAAGGGAACCACCAAGGCCUUUGACAGCGACAUCCACUCACUACGGCCCCACCCAGGACAGAUAGAAGUGGCCCAACGUUUCCGCUCGCUGCUGGACUCUGAUCAUCAUCCAUCACAAAUUGCAGAGAGCCACAGGUUCUGUGACAGAGUCCAGGAUGCCUACACCAUGCGCUGCUGUCCUCAGGUUCAUGGAGUUGCCAAUGACACGAUAAAAUUUGUGCUGAACAUCAUCAAUACAGAGAUCAACAGCGCCACUGACAACCCCAUGGUAUUCGCAGAAAGAGGCGAGACCAUUUCAGGGAAUUUCCAUGGAGAAUACCCCGCUAAGGCUCUGGACUUUUUAGCCAUCGCAGUCCACGAGUUGGCUUCUAUCAGCGAAAGGAGGAUCGAGAGGCUGUGUAACCCCUCUCUGAGCGAGCUGCCGGCCUUCCUCGUCAAUGAGGGGGGGCUCAACUCAGGCUUCAUGAUUGCCCACUGCACUGCGGCUUCCUUAGUGUCAGAAAAUAAAGUUUUGUGCCAUCCAUCUUCCGUGGACUCCUUGUCCACCAGUGCUGCUACAGAGGACCAUGUGUCUAUGGGAGGCUGGGCUGCCAGGAAGGCCUUGAGGGUCAUAGAGCAUGUGGAGCAAGUUCUUGCUAUCGAGCUGCUGACGGCCUGUCAGGGUAUCGAGUUCCUCCGCCCGCUGCAUACCACCACUCCGCUGGAGAAGGUCUAUGAACUUGUGCGCAGUGUGGUCAAACCGUGGUUCAAAGACAGAUUCAUGUCUCCGGAUAUUGAGGCUGUUCAGCGUCUCCUGCUUGACCAGAAGGUGUGGAAUGUGGCCAGACCUUACAUUGACAAGUACCAGACAGAGUACAUUCCCGAGUCCCGUCCCAUCUCUCCAACCGCCUUCUCCCUGGAUCCUCCAGCGUCACCGAGGAAACGCGUUCGACAUGAGUGAAAAUCUGUCCAAAACAAGUUUUUUUUAGUUGAUUUUCAAUAACUAAAUAACUGAAGUAGUAGUGGUUAGCACUUUCACCUUGCAGCAAGAAGAUCCCCGGUUCAAAUCCCGGCUUGGGCCUGGGAUCUUUCUGCAUGGAGUUUGCAUGUUCUCCCUGUGCAUGCGUGGGUUUCUCCGGGCACUCCGGCUUCCUCCUACAGUCCAAAAAUAUGCUGAGGUUAAUUGAUUAUUCUAAAUUGCCCGUAGGUGUGAAUGUGAUUGUUUGUCUGUAUAUGUAGCCCUGUGACAGACUGGCGACCUGUCCAGGGUGUCCCCUGCCUUCGCCUGAGUCAGCUGGGAUGGACUCCAGCACCCCCCGCGACCCUAGUGAGGAUAAAGCGGUGUAUAGAGAAUGGAUGGAUGGAUGAAUUUCAAUGAAUGAAAAUCAACCAAGAUCUUAAUAUGAAGUUACAAUAUUCUUUUGUCCGUUGCAGACUAAAUUCAUGUUGAUUUGUUUCAUUCAAGUUUUAAUCCAUGAGGAUUGUUUAAUAAUUUAUUAAUUGUGUAUAUGAUAUAUAUGGUAUAGUUCUCUGUAAUUACUGCCCUACACUACUGUGCAUUAGAGCUGUAUUUAUCUAGACUUUUGUUGUCCCUAAUUUAGUUUUUAUUACCACCUGACUACCUCAGCCAUUGUAAAAUUUCCAUGUCGGAUGUUUUUUAAUGAUGUAGCGAAAGCAAUAGUAUGAUUUCAUAUUUUUUCAGGUGUAAUUAUUUGAAAUCUCAAGUAAUUGUCACGUGUCCAUCCCCAACUUAUCAUAAUAAAACUUUAUAAAGCUCUGUU